GCCAAAAACGAGCGGUAAUGUGUCACAGUUCUCUGCGCGAGUUCUUUGGAAACCAGAAAAAUACGUAACUUACCAGAGGUCGAAAUAAUCGAAGAACAAUACAAAUCCAUUUUUUUCACGUGCUCGCGAGUGGUAUUUGAACAGAAACCGAACCCCCGCCGGAGUGUCAAACAUGAUGACCCCUGAGUGACUCUAGGGCCUAAUGAAAAAAAUGAACGCCAGCCAGAUUCUGCUCCUAACUUUGGCCCUGGUCAGCACCAGCAGGACCUCCUCGGCAAUCAGCAAUCCCGGCCAGAAUGGCCCCGUGGCAGCCGGCUCGAAUGGAUUACAGUGCCAGCGCAUCACCGUUUCCGCCUGCCAAGGUCUUGGCUACAACAUGACCGCAUUGCCCAACCUGGCGGGUCACACCAAUCAGCUGGAGGCUGAGCUCCAGAUUGCCAAACUGGUGCCAUUGAUCGAAUCCGGUUGCUCCCGCCGCGCUCGCUUUUUGCUCUGCUCGGCGCUAUUUCCGCUCUGCACUCCGGACGUGCCACGCCCCGUUACCGCCUGCAAGUCGCUGUGCGAAACCGUUAGAGGCGAGUGCUCGGCCAAUGCUCCGCCGGAGCUGAUGGAGUUGUGGCCCCAGUUCCUGAACUGUGACGGACUGCCGCAGCCGGAGAAGCACGAGCUGUGCAUGCAGAUUCCCCAGGAGGUGGGUGGCUCGGGUGGCUCAGGUGUUCCCGUUGGUCCACCACCCACCACCAGUCCGCCCAGCGGUGGUGAAGGUCAUCCGACGUACCGCUUCUGGAAGAGCGGGGCACCACCUGCUCCGGGUUCCAGCAACGGCGGCAUUCUGUGCCCCCAGAACUUCAGCGGCAGUCCCUUCAACCCCGAGGAGUGUGUGCCCCAGUGCCAGAGGGAUGCCUUCCACACCAGCGCCCAGAAGAAGCUGUCGGAGAGCCUGAUCCUGGGCCUCUCGGCCGUCUGCUUCGUCCUCACCUUGUUUGCCCUGGUGACCUUUUGGGCGGAGCCCACCCGCUUUGGCUACCCAGAGCGACCCGUGCUCUUCCUGUGCCUGUGCUACAACCUGUUCAGUGUGUGCUAUCUGGAGCGGAUCGUGUUCCACAACCAGGCUAGGAUGCAAGACCAGGGGCGUCUGAUGAUGCGACCAGCAUGUCUACUGACGCCACCCUGCCUGGCCUCCUAUAUAACCACCUCGUAUCUGAGCUUGUGCGCCGCCAGCUGGUGGUUGAUAUUCGCCUUGUGUUUCUACCUAUCCUCCCACAAAAAGUGGUCCAGUGAGGCGCUGGAGAAGCGAUCCGGACUGUUCCAUGUCCUGGCCUGGGUUCCUCCACUGGCACCGCCCAUUGCCGCCUUGUUGCUGGAGAAGGUGCGUCCCAGUGAGUUGACCGGGAUGUGCUAUGCCCCGGGAUUCGUGGAGCUGCCCGCCCUGGUUCUCCUGCUCCUGGGCCUCUAUUUCACACUGAGGGCCUCCAGAUCCCUGCUCCUUCUGCAACAGCAGCUGCAGCCCACUCUGGCCCACCAUCGAUUCGGGCAGAUCCGGAAGCGUUUCGUCAUCUUCUCGCUGCUCUAUUUCGCACCCACGGCAGCGGGAGUGGUGGCCGCUCUGCUCGAGCGGUACGCGUCCUCCGUGCCCAGUUGCUCCACGCUCGAGGACUGUGCCCCCCCCACACCGCUGAGUGCCUGGCCCGCCCUAAUCAGGAUAUUCUUCCAACUGGUGGGCGGAACACUGACCGGACUGUGGGUGUGGUCACGCAAGACCUGCGAAAGCUAUAGAAAUCGACUGGUGGCCGGAGGCGGCGGCACGCCCACCUCCUCCUCGCUGAUGAACCACCAAAGCAAAUCGGCCGGGGCACUGCCCAAAAAGCACCUGUACACCAGUGGCAAGUCCAUGAUGGGGGCACCACCCCUCUACGCUGGCAUUAGUUUCCACAAUGUGCCCGUUUACAAUCCCAAUCAGUCGAGGGUUUGAGCUCCAAUCCCAUUCCCCCCAACUCCAUUGUACAUACUUACACUCAUGAUCAUAUUAAAUAGGUGCAUCUAUAACUUUUUAAAACAAUUCGUUUUAGUACAC